CAAAUGUUUGGACUAUUUGUUGAAGAUCACCAAAAGAAAACGCAAACAAGAUAGAAGGAAAUAACCGUUUUAUUUAACCCAUUACCUUGGAAGACAACUUGGAGCUGAAUUGGGAUUAGAACCUGUUCGUUAAGUAAUGAUUUGAAUUUUAAACCAACUGUGGACUAAGUGUCUGUAUUAAUUCCCCAUUAAAAAUAUAACCAUAUAUAGAUUCGACGAUGAAAAAAGAACGAUUUAUACUCCAGCCUACUUAUAUUAAUUUUUGUCAUCUGGUUACUGUUUAUGAUAUUUAUACCACGAUUUAUGCCAAAAUCAACAAGCAGGACCUGUGUUCCAGCUAUUAAACAACGAGGCAACGUUUUGACCUUUAUAGGCUUGAUGGGAGUGAAAAUAAGAGAAGGCAUAUCACCUCAUCACACCGUUUUAACAUAUAACGAUGGGCCCGUGUCAGAUCUGAUCAUCUAUUUACAAUGAAGUAAUGUGACCGACUAUUUACCAACUCAUUACAACAUUUAGAAAAACUUAUCAGAUUUCAUGAACCUAACAUAUGACUUGCUAUUAGAUGUUCGGUCAGUGUAGAUCUGAGUUUAUUAUUUGGACGUUAUUUAAACCCAGUCAACUGUUGAAAGGUAUGGUGUAUAAUGUAAAAGGCGAACACUGGAACAGGUAGUUUAUAAAGAAGGUGGCAUUACUACAAUACUAAUGUAAAACAGCUCACACCAAGAUAACGUGUUCUCUGGAACAACAUGCAGAUUAAGUGUCGAUCUUGAAAUAUUUUUGUUCAGAUGUUGUUUUUGGGGGUGUUAAUGCCGUGUAUUAUUAAAUUCUACUUUCGUUUUGUUACUGUGAAUGAAGAUCGGAAUUAUUCAGUUACGUAAAGGUACUUUCCAGUUAAAAGAGUUAAAUUCUAGUGCAUUUGGUGCCUUAGUAUGUCAUUUUGUCUACAAUUGGUAAAUUCAAAUAUAAAUAGGAUAUAAGUACCAUGCUUCUCUUAGAAGGGGAAUGUCAUUUAUUUUCCAGGUGGAAUCCCGAAUAUAUUGUAUUGUGUGGGAUGUUUUAUGUAGUGUUUCUAUUGUGAUCGAGAACAGCUUUGUAAUUAGACUCUGUGAUCUAGAAAGGUUACCAAAUCAAUCCAACACUAGUAGUUCUAGUAAUGCCAAUAUUUUACUAGAUGAUAUAUUAAUGGUAUUCAGCUCGAAGUCUUAAUAUAUAAAUAACAUCAAACUUUAUAUCUAUCCAAGCAUUAUCAUGUUCUCUUAAUGCCAAAAGUAAACAGCAAUAUCGAAAGCCACUGACAUAAAUUAAAGUUUGUCUCGACUGGGUAAACAGCUAACUUUCACUAUCAAGGUUUUUAAUAUAAGUAGAGUUUAAGCUCUUGACUUACAGACAUAUUAGUGCAAUAGAAAACAUAUUUUCAACAUGUCGCUGUUUAGUAUAUUAAAAGCCGUCUCUGUAAGACUUAUGCUAUUAUUACAUACAUUACUUACUAUAUGGAGGGUUAGUAUAGUGUAUGGUGACAUCUAUUACUUAUUGUUCCUGGCAGUUUUACCAUUUAUCUUGGAAGGAUUAUACACUGUCAUAAAAAGAAAUGGUAUUGAAUGGAAAUGGAUCUGUCCAUGUUUUGUGUUAUAUUUGUUGGCCACUAUACCAAAUAUAUGGUUACUAGAAAUUGAUAGAACUAAAACAUUCGGUUCAAUUAAUACAACAGCUGUAGAUGAUGUUAUAAUUAGUGGGAUAAAGAUACCAUUAAAACUACCAGCAGAUACAUGGGUGCUAGUGAUAGAAGAAUCGCUCUUGUAUCUGAUGAUAAUUGGACGAUGGCUGCUUCCUCGUGGACGCGUCAGUCGUGAACAGCUGUCCGAACUAUUGUUUACUUUUAUUGGCAUAGCUUCUGAUAUCAUGGAACUAUUCGCUUUGUUUGAUGAGGAACCGGUUCGCGGGAGUUUAAUAUUCACCUAUGCGCUGCUGGGAGUGUGGUCAUGGAGUUUACUCCAAUUCACCAUGGUACUAACCGUAGCGUCUAAACCAAUUAGAAUAAGUCUUAUUGAAGAGGAAAGCAAAAUGAUCUGCAUUGAACCAGAUAAAAAGAAAAGCACGGCUUCCUUUGAGGUGCUAGCAACCGUUGUCAGCUUGUUCAUGCAAGAUGGCCCCUUUCUUGUCAUGCGCCUUUACACCAUUAUAGAGUUUAACCUCGUGAACUACAGUUUAAUAUUUUUCACCACGAAAAAUGUUUUAGUUAUUCUUUUACUUCUCUACAGACUGUUUGUGAAAUGUUCGGACAAAUGCUGCCCAGAUGCUGAUGACGACAAAGGUGCAAAUGAUGAUGACUUUCAGAUUAAGAAGUUGUCGCAACACCAAUUGACUCGAGAAGACAUCAUCGCUGCUCUAAUGAAAGACGCGAACACGGUACGAAAACGGAAAACAAAACAGCAGCCCGAUACAAACUUUGAUAGCAUUUACGGAGGGCGAUCGGACAUCACUGUCCAAACAAUUGUGCAAGAAGACAUACCUUUCGAUAAAACUUUUGAUAUCGAUUUCGGGGACGGUGGUGAAGUUUUAGAAAGUCAACUUGACAAUGACGGACCAUCAGCCUCCGGUGUUCAAGAAACUCUAAAAAAUAACGGUUCUAUUAUUAACAAUAACGGUACAAAGUCGAAACCAAAGAAAGUGGUUUUGGUAGUUGAGUCGGACAAAAAUGAUAUCUCUAGUGAUUUUGAUAAUCAAGAAACACCUUCUCCAAUAAGGGAAUUAGACAAUAUGUUUACUGAUAGUUGCAAAACAGCACUUUAAUUCUAAACAAUCCUAUAUAUAUCCGAACUAAGAAAUGGAAGAGACUGGGCUUAGUCUACUCUAGCUGUCUUUAUUCAUACUAAUAACCCAGUACAUGUAUAUUCAAUUAUCAUAUCAUAUUACACUCAAAUAAUAGCUAACCUAAUGUCUAUUCAUACUUGACUGCAUUUAACAACAGGUAUU